CUGCUCACAAUGUCAGUGGCUUUCUACAGAUCAGAGUAUUACACGCCAUGUAUCUAAUUGUCAUCGGAACUCGUUUAUUUAAAAGAAUAAAAUAUAAAAAAUAUUAGAAGAAGAAAGACAUUAAAGGGCAAGCGAAAAGUCCCCUAUUUCCCAAUUUUAAUCCACGCCGAUAUAUUCUAGAGAACUAGAUCUAUACCCUUUUAGUUGUCCAUAAAUUAACUUCUGUCUCUGUAGAAACCAUUAUCUGAGAUUUCAGAGAUCGAAACCAUGGAACUCACGCAACUACCAGAGCGGAUGUUUGCAGCCGGUGAAGAACCUGUUGGGGAGAGAGUUAACACUUAUCACAAACCGAAAAGGAUCGAGUCCAUUCUAGACGCACUAGAACCAGAGGAAGUAGAUUUCAUGCGGAAGACGACGUUUGGGAAAAUCAUUUCACAGGCAGAAAACCCGUCUUUUUCCGGUAGUUUUGGUCAGUUUGUCAUUGUGCGAAUUCUCCGAGUGAAGAAGAAGUAUGAGAUAUGGUUUCUAUUUGCCGGGAAGCCGAUUAGGAUGUCUCUGCACGAGUUCGCUCAUGUCACAGGCCUUAACUGCAGGAAGAUCCCGAAGAAAAACAUAAAGAGGAAGAAGAAUCCUAUCAACGAGAAGCUCUACUGGGGUGAACUUUUUGGAUCUCUCAAGUUCUGCGCCGUGGACACCGCCAUAGAGAUGCUGAAGAAGAGGAAAGUUAAGGACCGAGAGAUGCGACUCAAGUAUGCAUGUUUGGCGUUCACUUCCUGUGUUCUACUACCGACUUCUCACUCUCCUCGGAUCAUCACUGAGCAUGUGGAGAUGAUACGUGAUUUUGAUGAAUUUCUUAAAUAUCCGUGGGGGAGAGUCACCUUUGAGAUGCUUGUUACCGGAAUUAAAAAAAAGACGAGAUGUCGCUUGCUCAGUCCAGCGUCGCCUUACCUGGUUUUGUGGAUGCGAUCCAACUCGUAUUCAUGGCGGCUGUUCCUCAGAUAAAAGAGGUAGUCACCCCUGUCGAGCCUGUUGUUGUGAUUGACUCUGACAGCGACUCAGAUUCGGGGGAUAGCGAAUCGCUUGCUGAUAAAGUUGAAAUGAGCAAGCCCCCCAAUGCACUCCCUGCGAGUGUUCGAUAUUGUGUCAAUCCCGCACAUGUUAGAGACCUGCACGAAGAAUGCAAGGUUGAAGUUACCUCCAUGCUUGUGGACGGAACCCAUACAGCGGAAGAACUGACGUGGGAAGAUGAGGUCGACGAUGUAACAGUUGAUAAUCUUGUACGAUCAAUUGAACAAGGUCACGUGCUAACCAAGGCAAUGUUCAGUGGGGGCUUAUCGGCUUCUGAUCUGGCACGCAUGAGAUCUGAGAAGAAACUAAAAGAAAAGGAACAGAAGGACAACAAAGAGAGGGAGAACCAGGCGGACUCACCAGAAGGAGAGAUUGGGGAAGCUUAUGACGUCAGCCACAUGGCUAACCUUGUUGGUCGCAUUGUAACCCCUAAGAUUGAGGAUACCGUUUACAAGUUAGGCGACAAACUGGAGGAGCGCCUGGCUAAACUGAUCAAAGCUGAAGUCCUAAACAUGCAGGGGGCUGUUAUUCAGAGUAUUAUUGGUUUAUUAGGCAAGCCUAACCCGAGCGCGGGGGUUGCGAGUGAUGAAAAUGGUGGCGCUGUCGAUCAAGCGCAGAAUGGAAGGGGCUGUACAUCGGCGGGAGCUUCAUUACUAACUGCCGAUGCAAUAAGAAGCGAAGGACAAACCACCACAACAUAUGUGCCUACAUCUCUCCAUAACUCCACCGAACAACCACUUGUCGACCUCGCUACCGUGAUACCAAAACAGGCUGAGAAGGUCGGGGAACCACUACAGGCUGAGAAGGUCGGGGAACCAAUACAGCUCGACAAUCUUAUAAACAUGGUCAUUACCGAUGUUGGUGGCGUUUUGGAUGACAGCGAGGUGGCUCCUGCAAACAACCAUCCAUCUAUCCACAUUACUGUAGGACCCGUCGCUGAAGGCGUCAAAACUUUGGAAGACGCUGCCCACUCUCCCACUGACACUGAUCUCACUACCCCUCAGCCUGGACAGAAUACAAAUUUCAUCCACCAUCAUCUGUCUCCUGUUGACGAAGAUGGUAGCCCACACGAGAAAGAGAUUGAAUUCCUUUUAUCUCUGAUCGAAAUACCGACAUUCUCACUGGGGCUCUCGCAGGGUGAAUUGUUGCACGAGGAGGUAUGUCAUGCGUCAGUUCCAGAUGUAGAAGCAAGCAAUGUCAUUGCAGAGACUAGGAAGAGCAAGAGGACAAGGAUACUACCACCGUUGUUCAACGACUACCAGUGCGAUCCGAAGAUAAAAGCUUUCAGCCGUGAGGGGACUCUGACGACAACAUCAAACAAUAUAGACGAGAUAUACAUGGCCAUGAGAGAGAGAGCUGGCGACAGCAGGGUUUAUACAGUCGCUAAUGGAAUGUCUGUAACAACCGAUGAGUUGAACGAGAUCGUCGACCGCAACCAGCAGAUGACGCCAAAGGUGAUGGAUGUCUUAAUGUAUUACAUUUCUCUUGACCGUAACAGGAAAGGAAGUCACCAGUCCAAGAUUGCAUUUUAUGACACAAACUUCCCCGCUUUGCUGAUGAAACAACAUGGUAGGCUUACAAAGACCGCCAUUAAGGACCGCCACAGGAUGAAAUAUGAUGAAGCCGUGGUUAAGCAUUUCAUUGGUGGCAGUACACCGGACGACGUUUAUGACUGUAUUUACUUCCCCUUUUUCAUCGACAAACAGCACUGGGUUGGCGUUUCCCUCGAUCUAUCACGCGGAGCCGUACAAAUACUCGACUGCAAUCAUGGUUUCCGAUCUGAAAGCAUGAUGAAGAAGGAUUUUACCCCCAUAACUGUUGUCGUCCCGCAUAUCCUUGCCACAUCAACUGGGAACAAGUCUGCUGAUGCACGCAAACCCUAUCAGAUGGUGAGGGUUAACUGUGUCCCGCAUAACUCCAACUCCACAGAUGCAGGCGCUACAACGGUGUUGCUAAUCCAGGCACAUGCUGCCAACGGCGCCGAUGGAUGCAAAGAUGUCACCCCAGAAACGAUCUCUUCGGGUGCUAAACACCUCGCUGUCCUUGUCUAUCGCGACAUAACCCAUGUGUAACCUUCACUUUCUUAUCCUAUCUACAAGCCUGAUAACUGUUUUAGUUCACCGGCUAACUUAUUUUGUUCCAAACAGCGUACUAUGUGGUAUUGUGUUCUUCUAUUUCCAUGUUUAAUGAUUUCUCAUUUUAAGUGUCAUCUGUAGCUGUUAUGCUUCACCUGUUAUGUUUUCUUUCAUUAGUUGUUAUGUGCUACCUUUACUUGAUUAAACCAUCUUGUUGUUGUCUACCUU